UAAAUAGGCUGAAACUUCGCCAUGAGACUCCAGUUCGGCGGCGGCCGUGUUGUGAACGGUGGAAAGGAUGUUACCUAUACUGCUCUUAGCAACUCAGAUCGCGGCGCUCCUAGCUCAGGAUGUGGUCUGUCCAUGUGACAAACCAGAGCUCUGCAAACCAAUCCAGGGCGAGAAGGACUUCGAGGUAUAUGUAUUUGAUGUUGGAGGAAAAAGCUGGAAGUCGUACGACUGGAGUAUGGUGACAACUGUGGCUAUGUUUGGACCCUAUGACCCAGAGCUUAUGUGUUAUGCGCACUCAAAAGGCGCAAGGUUCGUCCUGAAAGGGGAUGUUCCUGUAACUGAAAUUGUGCAUCGUGACAACCGAACUGCCUGGAUCACAGAAAAAGUACAAUUGGCAAAGAAACUGUUUAUGGAUGGGAUCAAUAUUGACAUUGAGCAACCAGUGGAGGCAUUAUCUCGAGAGUACUUUGCUUUAAAUGACCUAGUAAAAGAAACUGCUGAAGCAUUUCAUAAAGAGAUCCCAGGCUCACAGGUGUCAUUUGAUGUGGCAUGGUCACCCACGUGUAUAGACAAGCGUUGCUAUGACUACCAUGCUAUUGCACAGGCAUCUGACUUAAUUUUUGUGAUGUCUUAUGAUGAGCAAAGUCAGAUAUGGGGUGAAUGUAUAGCAAAGGCUAAUGCACCUUUUUUCAAGACGAUGUCUGGAUAUGCUGAAUAUAUGUUGUUGGAUAUCCAUCCAAAGAAGAUGGUGAUGGGGGUUCCCUGGUACGGAUAUGACUACCCAUGUGAGAAGUUCUCAGAGAAGGGGGUGUGCACCAUCCCGAAGGUGCCUUACGAAGGAGCGCCUUGCAGCGANCCGCCACAAACACAUGUGGCUGUGGCCCCAAAUGCUCUGCACCUGGCAGCAGAGCAUCUUCUGGCCAGCAAUGGGGAUAUCCACCAGGUGUGGUAUGAUGACCCACGGAGCAUUUCUCUAAAGGCGGAAUAUGUGAAGAAGCUGGGCCUUCGCGGGAUCGGCAUGUGGAACGGCGAUCUCCUCGAUUACAGCAAUAACACCAUAGCCGAACAGCAGACUCAAGCUAUGUGGGAAGCCCUCAUACCAAAGUGAAAGGGUCCUGGUCGCACAUCUUUUUCUUUAUAAAGACUGAAAGAGGGACCAAAUAACUGCUUCAACCUGAUUUAACACUCCAAAUGAAACUGCUUUUUUCAGUCAUAAGAAUAAGCAUAUAUCCAGCAAAUGCUGGCUCAGUUUUGUCUUUCAAAUGGUAAUAACAAGGAAUUCAAUUAUAAAUACACUUUCUGUUUUGUGUAAUGAUAACUAAUGAAGGAGCUGGAAACACUGGAAAAGAUUCAGAUUUUUCUGAACAUUUACAUGUCUGUAAAUGUCCUACGUUGAUUUCAGUUUGAAUUAAAUGAUUAAUUUAACACUU